AUGCCUUUGGACGGCGUCAAGAAUAUUGUCCUGGUCCUCUCCGGCAAGGGCGGGGUCGGCAAGUCCUCCGUCACCCUCCAGCUGGCGCUGGCGCUCUCGCUUCAGGGCAAGUCGGUUGGCAUUCUCGAUGUCGACCUCACAGGCCCUUCGAUUCCCCAUCUUGUCGGCCAGGAGAAUGCAAAAAUCACCCAGUCGGCUCGGGGCUGGGUUCCGGUCGUCGUGCACGAUGCAGAAGAGACGACAACGAACGGAGAAGGGGCAGCAGAAGAACAAGGAACCACGGAGAAUAAUAGGACAUCGUCGCGCGGUUCGCUCCGAUGCAUGUCGCUCGGUUUUCUCCUCCGUGAUCGCGGAGAUGCGGUCAUCUGGCGUGGUCCCAAGAAGACUGCCAUGGUGCGGCAGUUCCUGACGGAUGUCUACUGGGGCGAGACGGAUUACCUGCUCGUCGACACUCCCCCGGGCACGAGCGACGAACACAUUGCGCUGGCGGAACAGCUCUUGACCUUAUCAACUACGUCGACUGCUACUGCACCACAACUGCCUCGCUUGGCUGGCGCCGUACUGGUGACUACCCCUCAGGCGAUCUCGACGUCCGACGUGCGGAAAGAAAUUAACUUCUGCGCAAAAACCCGGAUUCCCGUGCUGGGUGUGAUUGAGAACAUGGCAGGGUAUGCCUGCCCGUGCUGUGGAGAGGUCAGCAAUGUCUUCUCUCGCGGCGGAGGGCAGGUGAUGGCCACUGAGAUGGGAGUCCCCUUCCUGGGCAGCGUGCCGAUCGAUGUCAAGUUUGGCGAGAUGGUCGAGAGCAAAAAGAUUGAGGGCGAUACCGACAGUCUGGAUGGCGAGGAGGAGAUGCAAGAAGCUGGCGAGCAGCAACAGCAACAACAGCAGCAGCAGCAGCCUGUCGAGGAUAACCGGCUCCUGGUUGAGAAAUACCGGGAUUGUCCGUCUCUUCCCAUCUUCGAGGGCUUUGCAAAGACAUUAUUAGGGAAGAUCGAGGGCAGCGGACAAAGCUGA